GUGACACAGAAACCCGCCCGGCCCUCCGGCUGCUGCUGUGCUCUGUCAGUGCGGGUACCUGGGGCUGUGAGCAGCGGCCAUGGCACUGUGCGUGCAGGCUCUGGGUGUACAGGCGGAAUUUUUUGUUCCCAUGGCAGCAGCAAAUUCUACUCCGCCCGGCUCUCUGGACCUGAACCAGCCUGGGUUUGCAAAGGAGAUCCUGGGAACUAAGCUGGAGGUGAAGUACCUCUGCUCGGACUGCAGGAACAUCCUGAGACGGCCGUUCCAGGCUCAGUGCGGACACCGCUACUGCUCCUAUUGCCUGAAGAAGAUUAUAAGUUCUGGACCUCAGAAGUGUGCGAGCUGUAUUCAGGAAGGAAUAUAUGAAGAAGGAGUUUCUAUUUUGGAAACCAGCUCUGCUUUCCCAGACAACGCAGCUCGUCGGGAGGUGGAAAGUCUGCCUGCUGUCUGUAUUAAUGAGGGCUGCACGUGGAAGGGGACUAUUAAAGAAUAUGAGAGCUGCCAUGAGGGGAACUGCCCGUUCCUGCUGAUUGAGUGCCAGGCAUGUAGAGGUGUGAUCCCUCUGAAUGAGAAGGAGCGCCACUCUGAGCGGGAGUGCCCCGAGAGAACCCUCAACUGCAAAUACUGCAAAUCACUUUUCUACUUCCCUGAUAUUAAGGCUCAUGAUGAAGUCUGCCCGAAAUUUCCAUUGACUUGUGAUGGCUGCGGGAAGAAGAAGAUCCCCAGAGAGAAGUUUCAGGACCACGUGAAGAAUUGUGGCAAAUGUAAAGUGCCUUGCAGAUUUGAGGUUGUCGGCUGUGCUGAGAUGGUGGAAAAUGAAAAGCUACCAGAACACGAAAGCAAGUGUCUGGCAGAGCAUCUGUACAUGCUGCUGAGCUUUGUGCUCAGCCUCAAGAGUGGAUCUGGAGACCUGAAGCACCUUCCUGCCCUUCCCUCAUCACAGAGCAGCUCCCCACUGCUGGCAGCAAACUCCCUGUGCCCGGAGUCAGAGCUGUUCAAGUCCCUGGAGCUCUUGGGAAGGUGUGAUGCGCUGGAGAAGAAAACAGUGACCUUUGAGAACAUUGUCUGCGUGCUCAAUAGAGAGGUAGAAAGGGUGUCUCUGACAGCUGAAGCAUACAGUCGGCAGCAUCGACUAGACCAGGAGCAAAUCGAGACACUGAGUAACAAGGUCCGGCAGCUGGAAAGGAGCAUUGGGCUCAAAGACCUGGCCAUGGCUGAGAUGGAGGAAAAGAUCCGCAACAUGGAAGCUUCCAGCUACGAUGGUGUUUUCAUCUGGAAGAUAACAGAAUUUGCCAGGAAGCGCCAGGAGGCGAUCACGGGCCGCUCUCCUGCGAUCUUCUCUCCAGCUUUCUACACGAGCAAGUAUGGCUAUAAGAUGUGCCUGCGUGUUUACCUGAACGGGGAUGGCACCGGGCGUGGGACCCAUCUGUCCCUGUUCUUCGUGGUGAUGAAAGGACCCAACGACGCGCUCCUGCGCUGGCCCUUCAACCAGAAGGUAACCCUGAUGCUCUUGGAUCAGAACAACCGGGAGCACAUCAUUGAUGCGUUCCGACCCGACGUGACCUCUUCCUCCUUCCAGCGCCCAGUCACGGAAAUGAACAUUGCCAGCGGCUGUCCGCUGUUCUGCCCCGUCUCUGUGAUGGAAGCCAAGAACUCCUACGUGCGUGAUGAUGCCAUCUUCAUUAAAGCCAUCGUUGACCUCUCGGGCCUCUAACCCGCUCAACACGGAGCAGGGAACACAGAGCCAGCCCCUGCAGGCAGGUCUCAGGGCAAGAAGGGGCAGAAAGGGGAGGGGGAGAAGCCUGGACCUGCCCCUUCCCAAAAAGGAACCUUCUCAGUGCUGAAUGGAAACAAGGUGUCUGAUGGGAGCCCUCUUUCCUGGCGUCAGAGAGACCUUUCUGGAGAAGAUGUUGGGCUGGACAGUGGCAGGCUGUGUGGUGCCUUGGACGUCUGAACAGCCAUGCUCCAGUUUCCCAGGGGCAGUGAGCACAGCUCACCCAGCUGCUUCAGUGCGUGGCCUCGGAGCUCUGUAGUGAAGCAGGACUUUGGCCUGCCCCAGCACCGUGGGCGAGUGUGUGCUCAGCCCUCUGCCUUCCCUUAGGAGACAUUCCUGGGAGCACCGCUGGGCUGUGUGGUGCUUUGGUGCUGGGAGGCUGCAGUGCUUGACUGUUGGCAGGGGCUGGGCUGCCUGGCAUGCUGCAGGACUGCUGCCACUGCUGGCUGCAGUGAGGUGGAACGGGGAAGCCCUUGUGUCCCUGUGGCUGCAAUUUCAAUCAGAUGUGCUCAGGGCAGGUUGGGCUGGCAGUGCUGGCUGCCUGGGACAUAGAGGGCAGCAGUGGGACUGCCUGUAUGGAAAACAGAAAUGCCUGUCCCCUGAAGCCUGGGCUCAUGUGUGCGCUAGGGGGCUGUGUAGCCUGAGCAGCAGGCUCUGGCAGUGGUGGGAGGACAGUGGUAGUGCUGGAAGCAGGCCUGAGGCACGCACGCAUCCAUGCCCCUGCGCUGUAUGUAACCCUGGUCAGGGGAUGGCUGCAGUGCUGUGGGCACCCCAGCAUGCCGCAGCCCCACUAUGCCCUGCUGCUCUCCAGCAUGACCUGGUGGCCGCCCUGAUCCCAGAGCUCCCCAGGCUCAGCCCUUGUCCUCCCGGAGAGCCUUUGGCCAUCAGGGCUGGAGCAGUCCCUGUGGGAAGCUUGCUGUUGCCCUUGCUAUUUCUGGAUUGCUUGCACUGCUCCCUUCUGGGCAGCAAGUGCCCUGUUCCUGUACCCUGGAGAAGGUCUCUGUUUCGUGGAGAAGAGCCUGCUGUCACGUCCCUCCAUCGGGGCCAGUGUGUCCCUCUGGAGUUGUUCUGUGGUGGCCACGUGUAACUCCAGACUGACUGCUGGCCUCGCUGGCCCCUUGCAGCUUGCUUCCUUUCCUCCUUGUGCUUUUCCUCCCCCUUCUCGCUGCCCUAGGAGCUGUGGGGGUGGCGAACGGGGAGAGCGGAGCCCUCACCCCAUCCGGGUCCUCUCCAGCCCCAGCACUGCUCCUUUGCCAUGGAGGACAGGCAGAGAGGCCGCUGCCGCUGGCUGGAGAGCGGUGACCCCACAUACACUCCCCUGGUGCUCGGGGCUGCGACUGCUGCCUCUGCGAGGGGAGCGCAUCUCCCUCGGUUCAGGGCAGCGAUCACUGCCCCCAGCCCUGUGGGUGCUGUGCUGCUGCGCACUCCGUGGAGGAGGCCCUGGGCUUCACAGCCCUUGCCUGGAAUGUAAGGGGAGCGGUUGGGAUUUGGAAGUUAAAAAAUGACCCCAGGCUGUUCCGCAGCUGCUGCAGGCAUGUGUUAAAGCCUGGUGAGGGGCCAGGGCCCUGCCCACAGCAUCCCCUCCCCUCUGGAGCAGCACUGGAUGCUGCGCAGGCCCUGUGCCCGCUCCCUUGUUGUAGUCCCACUUUGUGCAAAAGUGAAGGCUGCAGGACGGGUGGGGGCUGUGCACUUUCCAGGCUGGGCAGUGCAGGGGUUGGCUGCAGAGUGGGACUGGGAUGCUCCUUGCUGCUUGCACCCUGCCUGCAGCCUUGCUAUGUUGUGCAGACCCUCUCUCUCCUGGCCUGUCCCCAGGGCUCUGCUGGGCCCAGCAGUACCACUUCACCUCGAUGCCUUAGGAGAUGUAGCCCGGCAAAGGCUGAGAUCUGCAGUGGGGACAGUGCUGUGGAAGCAGCUGCUGAGGAGGGCCCCUGGCCCAUGUCUGCCUCAAGUGGGGGGGGGGGGGGGGGGGGGGGGUGUCAGCUCUGCUAGUUUAGAAUUGGGAAUGGUGUACUGGGGGGGAUGAGUGGGAAUUACGCAUAUUAUGGUGAAGCGAUGUGCAUGUGCUGAGCACCCUCUGCCAGGGAGGGGCUGCAGGUCUGGCUCCGUGGUGCUGGUUCUGCCCCAGAGCCCAGGCUCAGCUGGGUGGAUCAUUAAGGCUGCCAGGAGCUGUGGGUGGCCCUGGGCUGAUGGUAGGGAUGCAGCACAGCAGUCCAGUGCUGUUCCUUGUGCUGCUGCUUCCCUCCCCUCACACCAUGGCUGACAACACUGCCUGGUCCUUUUUCUUUUCUGUUUCUUUUAGCAUCUCCUGUGGAUGCAGGGCUAAUCGCAGUGUCCAUGCCUUGUGGCUGUGCGCUGCAGAGCAAGGGUGAGGUGUUGUUCCCCUGGAUGCAGUGCUGAAGCCGUGCUGGAAGAUGGACACUUGGCACAAAGCACAGCUGGAGUGUUCUUUUUUUUCUCCUUUGUUUCUUGUUUUCCCCCUGUUGGACCACAGCUAUGAGGGAACACCCGCCUCAGCCUGUCACUGUGAAGUAGUUUUUCCUUGAGGAUGGUGUGUGGUGAAAACCUCUAAUAAAAGCAGUGUGAGGA